AUGUCUGCAAGGUCAUCUACAGCCCUCUUCCGCACCGCCCUCCGCCCAGCCUUUGCCUCUCGCUCCGCCAUCGCCCCCUUUAGCACCACCGCUGCGGCCCGGGACCUCACGUACAAAGACAAGGACAACCUGCGCGGGCCCGGUGGCCAACAGCCGCCGCCGCAGAAACCGGGCGGGCCUGAAGCUUUGAAGCGUAACUGGAUGGUCAUUGGCGGUGCUGCCCUCGCCCUGCUCAUCGGCUACAACGUCUUUGCCAAGAAUCCUGAGGAGGCGAAGAAGGAGCGCGACAAGGCGCUUGCCGAGGUGAGUGGGAGGAAAAAGACGCCGUUGGGUGGCUUUCGAACAGAAUGA